GUCAGAUAGUUGUCAUUUGUCAUUUUAAAUAUUGAGAUUAUUUGUUUUUAAAUAAAUAUAAUGGGAUUAAGUACAAUUAUUAAAGGAUAAUUAUAUUAAAAUUAGAUGAUUUAAAAUCUAUUUGAGUUAUGCAAAUUUGAAUAAUGGGUUUUAGAAACUUGAUUUUUCUCGUUAUAUUGACCAUUGGAAUCAACGUGAUUACAUGUGAAAGGCUUCAUGAACAAAUUUACUCAUCGAUCGAAGGUGGAGCUGGUUGUUUUAGAAGGCUAAAUGGGACUCACCAAGCAGGAUGUUCAUCUUCUCUCAGUGGUGCAGUUGGAGUAGUACAUAUGAUUCAGAAUAUAACUGAUGCAGAAUGGCUAGUAUACAAUUCUUCAGCUGGACCUUACAUGGCAGUUGUCAGUACAAGUUUGUUCUAUGAUAUAAUAGAGCUAUUCAUGCAACAACCAGAUAAUGUUGCUGGAGUCUUGUUAUAUGACAAUGCAACCAUGAGACCUGAUGCCUUUAGUCAAGAAUCUCGCUGUCCAAAUCAAUACUCUUCAUGGUCUAAGAGUCAAUGUCCGGCGACUCAAGCUUCGAGUGGUUCUGAACUGGUAUGGAAUGAGAAAGGCACAAAUUUAUUAAGGAGAGACAUACCUUUCCCUAUAUUUUUUUUACCGCAGACUCGAAUCACAGAAAUAACUAAAAUUGAACAAUGUUAUAACAAAUUUAACAUCGAUAAAGAGAACCAAAAAGGUCAAGCUCUGUGUUCAUUGCAGUUGAAUUCAUUUAUGUAUGCAGCAGUCAACAGUGUUGUUUGUUUGAGAAGGUCUGCAUCAUCCGCUAUUUUAACACCAACGAAAGUAUGCGAUCCACUUGGUGAUUACAAUGUCUAUUAUUCUCUUUUCCCUCGUGCAAAGGAAUCUGAAACUAAAAAGAAACCUGUCACUUUGGUCACAGCACGAUUAGACUCAGCAUCUCUAUUUGAUGGGGUUGCUCCUGGUGCAGCUAGUUCAGUGGUGGGGAUGGUGGCGCAUAUCGUCGCUGCGGCGACUUUAGCGCAGAUAAUUCCUGUGGCUGAUGUCAAUUUAUAUGAUGAAAAUGUGUUAUGGACUUUAUUCAAUGGUGAAUCCUUUGAUUAUAUUGGAUCUCAGCGGAUCGCUUACGACAUAGCCCAAGGGGCAUGGCCACCGAUCUCUCCUCUCUCCCCAAAAGACAUCAACUUGCAUAUAGAGCUCGGACAAAUGGGGGGAUCUCUGAAGUUAUUCAAGGAAAACUCGUUUUGGCCGUUAUAUGCGUUUGCUCCAUAUGGUUCAGUUUUACCGGAACAGAUAACGGCAUUCUUAGUUGAAAUGGUAAAUAACUUGAAUCUAAAUAAUAUGACGUUGGCCCCGAUAUUUACACCCAAUUUACCGCCGUCCUCUUUACAUUCGUUCCGAAGAAUACUCGGCAAUAUAACGGACAAUGACAUGCCUGAAAUAUUGCUUGUUGAUCAUAACGAGACUUUCUCUAACAAGUUCUACCAAUCUGCGUUGGAUGAUUACGAAAAUGUUGGAUACAUGUAUCACAAUAUAAGUAUAAGCAGUGAUGGUAAAUUUCUAUCGACGGAUGAGUUGCUGGCAAAUGGGACGAUGAAAGAAAGUGAUGCGCAAGUAAAGAUAGCCAGAGUCGCGACAGCUCUUGCGCGCACUCUUUACCAAAAAGUCGCGGGGAAACCUUACAACGGUGUCGUAUCAGCUUCGGCUCACUUAAUUGACGAAAUGCUGUACUGCUUCCUCCGGAGCCAAGCGUGCCGGCUGCUGGCGGCGGCGGACUACGCCAGCAGCGCCGAGGAGACGCCGGCCGAGCGGCCCGCGCCGCUGUACGUGGGCGUGGCGGCGUGGGCCAGCACGCCCGCCGUGUACGCCGGACACCUGCUGGCGCUGCUCACGGGCACGCACCUCAGCGUCAACAGGACCGCUUGCGACAAGUUUGACGAACCCGGCUUCUCAUACUACUGGCUGAGAGGAUGGAAUCACAGCGGUAUUUGCAUCCAGACUACGAUGAACUUCAGUCAAGCCGUCAGUCCGGCCUUCGAUAAAUCAGACUAUGACAUGUCGUCGGGCGAGUUUUCGACGUGGACGGAGUCGGUGUGGCAGGCGAUGUGGGUGCGCGUGUUCGUGCGCGCGGGCGGCGGCGGCGCCAUCACGGCGGCCGUGGCCGGCGUGUUCGCCACCGCCGCCGCCGCGCUCGUCACGCACUGGCUGCAGAGACACGCCGCGCUCGUGUUCCUCGACUCGCCCGCCUCCAUGCACAGCGACGCCUCGGGGAUUAUAAGGACAGUAAACUGCUAAGACGAAUGUGGAUGCUAGGAACAAUAAUAUUGUAUGUAGUAUAUAAUAAAAUUAGCAAAGAAUAAAGCAUUCCACAAAACUAACUUAAAAUAAUAAAAUCAACUGAUCACAAUAUAAUUAAUUAAAACUAAUUAAGUGAGACCACAAUUUCACAUGGUAAAUGCUUAUUUCGCUAAUUGUUGACAUAUCCGAAUGAUUAAUUAUGAUUCUUUCAGUAUAAUUUAGGCUUAGUCUCAAUGUAGUUGCAGUGUCUUUAGCCAAUUAUUUGAAAAUUAAACCAUUGACACCCAACUAAAUUAAAAACAUAUUUAUUGAUCUCUUGAAAGUCUAUUGCCUUAAUAAUUAUUUUGUAAAUUGCAUUAGUGUGUACCGAAUUUAUUUAAA